GCAGAAGAAUUUGUCGUUUUUAGGUCAAUAUUUACAUUAUCCCAGGACCAAGGAGAAAGAAUUAAAGAGAAGUUGUAAGAAGUCGCAAUGUGCAGGGCGAAUAUGCAAGAUGAGCGUUGUCUAGUGGACCAAGAUCCACUGUUGACGAACGUUCCCCAGCUUGAGGGUGUGAACCAAGUUAUUGAUGUCUCAGACGACGCCUGGACAGCUGAUGAACUCGAAAAUGCUGAGAGACAGGUUGAACAAGUUCUAAUGGAGGAAGCAUUUAUCCAGGAGUGUUUUGAGGAAAUGAUGGAGGAAGAGGAAGACCGCUGGUUCCACAACACAUUCGUGCUACACACUCCCCCGUCCUCUUCAACAUUCAUACCUGUAACACACAUUCACCAGUCAUCAGCAAGUGUCACCAUCACGGACGAAGGACACACACUCCAAUACAUCUCACAUGAAAACAGCAUGCCAGCUUAUCAUACCAACCAGUAUUCAGCCAUUGAACAUUCAACACCAACACAGUUUUAUCAGCAGAUGGCCUCAACAUUAGGGAGCGUGUCUUACAUGCCCACCAGCUCUCCGAUCAAUGUACUACCAGUCCCAGUGAUGAUUUCUGUCCCCAUGAUGACAAUGGACCAAUUCUACAAUGCUGGUCUAGUCUGUCAUAAUUUUACUGAUCUGAGUGUGGAGACAAAGCCAAUACCGGGAAGCCUAUUGAACCCAGAUGCCCCAGAGUUUGUGCCCCGGGGGGUGUCAAGGUAGCCCCACCCACAGAGACAGCUUGUGUUGGAAUUUUCUACAAAAGGGCUUUCCUCGAAACACGAACAUUGCUGGCCGUCCGGGUAAAAGUGGUCGUGGUCAAGUGAUAAUUGUCUACUAAAGUGCUUAAUAUUUAAAAAACCCAAUUAUUAAUUAUUGAUGUUUUAUUGUAUCUAUGCAUAUGUAUAUAUCAGAAAUGAUAUAUGUUCACCAAAAAAAGAACAAAAUUUAUUAUGAAAAAUAAGAACCAGAUGCAAUUAUUUGUUCACAUAUUGAUGGCAUAUGAAGUAUUUGAAUUGACUUGAGGGUAAAACGACUUGUGUGAAAUGUGUCAGAUAGUGGAAAUAGCAAUCGUUUACCUCCAAGUAACUAGGGCAUUAGUUUAUUGAACAUUGUUUGUAAAGCAAUGUUUGAUAAUUAGCUCACCUGGGCACAAAGUGCCCAUGGUGACCAAUUUUGAAAGAUAGUUUGAUUUCCGUCAUCUGUCAGUCAGUGGUUGUGUAUUUACUUCAAACAACACCAUGUUCUUUGUUUACACUUGGCAGAAAUUAUGACUACAUGUAUCAUAAUGUUUCUUGGUAUACACCCCAAAAUGCCAACUUAACAGUAUUUCACUCUGAAACACUAUUUUCAUUCUUGGAGUUUAAAAUUUAUUUAUCAACUAGAUAUAUAAAUACAUAAUCCAGGAAUUUUCUAUUUGUUUCAAGAAAACUUUUUAGAAAGCAAAUUGAAUCUCAGGUGAGCCAUCAAAAGGCCCAUGUUGGCCUUCUUGUUAUAUGUGUUUUCUCCAGUAUAUGAUACUGUGGAAUCACAAUGGUGCAUAAUCGUUUACUGGCCAGUUUUGGCUUUGUUUACAUUUGUGCUAUCUUACCUAUCCCUAGCAUACCUUGGCACUCAAUCCUGUACGCUUCGCUGUAAAAGUAUUAUAAAAUUGAUUCUCAAUUUCAGCUUUUUUCAAUAAAGAUUUAAGUCCUAUUUUUGUAAAAAAUAAAAUUAACCAGUAUUUCAGGUAAACACAGUUGAGGAAAAAAAUUAUGUUGCUAACUGUUACAUUCCUUCCGAAUUAAGAUUAAUAUUUCGACUGUGCUAAAUGCUCAUAAAAAAACUAAGUUUGGUAAAACAGAAACCCUUGGUAUCACCAUGGCGAUCAUAGUAGCUAACGCAGCAAAUGUGAAGUUAUCUACAGAAUAUUUUCAAAAAAUUAAAUUGUCUUUAACAUUUAUUUAUCAUUCCUUUUAUGCCCUUCUCAAAUCCCAUGCUAGUACCUAGUAAGGUUUGUGUGCCGAGGUGGGCUGGUUUUAGGGGGACACACUGUCUGUGAUAUGUGCUUCCAUUUUGGGAUGUGUUCUGUUGCCAUGACAACGGGAAAUGCAUAUUUAUGUUCUGAUUUUGAAUGCUAAGGCCUAUUUUGAUGAAUUAAAUAUUUGUUAACUGGUUCAUAUAUAAAAAAUACACAAAAUAUAAGUUUAAAAGUACAUAAAAAAAAUUAUUUGUAUUGUCCUGAAUUUUUAUCGAAAAAAUAUUAUCGUGUUAUUUUGUCAAAUGCCUUGUAAUAAGGUUUACAGAUCUAUUUCGCUGAGCUUGCAUAAUAAGCUAUUAUGCUUGCAAUAAAACAUUUGGUUAGCUAUAAUCAUAGAAUAUUUAAAUUCAGGCUUUCAAGGAGGCUUUUCCAUAUUUCUUGCCCUUAAAGGCCCUACUUUUCCCUUAGUUUUCCCUCGUUUUAAAAAAAAUCCUACUUUUUUGUUAUUGGUCACUUGAAAGCUUGUUAAUAAAGGAUUUUAGACAGUAAUUGUUACCAAACGUUAUGAAGCCUUAAUGGAUCUGAAAACUUAAUCAAUUUGCUUGGUGUUCUUUUUAUCAUGGAGUAUGAUUAUAAUUUGUAAAACAAAAAUACAAAAAAAUAUUUUUUUCUAUAUGAAAAUUCCAGAUGUGGGGUGCAUGUAUAUAAAUAUAGGUUAACUUAUAAGUUUUGAUUACUACUUGAACUUGUAUCAACUUUAAUAGAAGUUGAUUUUCAAAUUAAAAUGUUACUGUUACUUAAAUGGGGGAUAUUUUUGUACUUGGAAUUUUCAUCUAUUUAGAUCUUAUUAUCUUAUUAAGUAUGUGUUGUCCUGUUGGUUUUAACUAUUUUAUUCAUUCACGAAAUGGAUUGUCACCUUCGCAUUAAUUGAUUUACCAUGUUUGUGAUAGUAUUAUUUUUGCACAUCAUAGGAUGUUUGGCAUAACAUAAAAUAUAACAUGUUUCCUCACGCACGACCUACCUCAACAUCAGCCCCACUCAAAUAUUCUUAUAGUAUAACAGGGCUUCCGUUAAAGGAAGUUUGGAAGAAUAUUACUCCCUAGAAAUUGGUUAAAACUUCUAAAAUUGAUUCCUUGGAAGUACAAAAACUUCCAUAAUUUUGAAGAAAACUUCCAAAGUUGAAAGCUUGGAAGUUCAUAAAAUCGAAACCAUUUGUCAAUAUUACUUUUAUAGUCAUAAUUUCAAUCAGUUUAAGUGUUUUUAAGUCAGAUGAAUUAUAAUAAUAUCAGUUAAAGUGAAAAUUAUUUGGUUUUUUAUAUAUUUGUUGAAAAAUAGCUGAAAAAGAUAUUGUAUUAUGGAGACUUAAACUUCCAUAUUCCAGUGUAAAACUUUAAAAUUCUUAAUGGAAGCCCUGGUAAAAAAACGUAUUCUGACAUCUUUUUUAUUUUGUGCAACCAAGAUUGGAAGGACAAUAUUUUGUUUCAACAGCAUUCUAGAUGAGGAUGGGGGCUGUGGGGGGUUAUUCUCUAAGUAAUGUAAGCAGUAGGUUUUUAUUCCGUCCGACCAACACCCAUUCAAUCUACACAUACCUUGGUCGUGGGAGGAGAAACAAAAUGUCUUAAGUUGUGCCAUAUAACGUCUGAUAUCAUCAUGUCGAAUAUGGCGGCAUAUAUUACAUAAUUAUAGGUGAGGUUAAACAGACUUCUAAGAUAAAUGCAAUAUGCCUGUUUACUUAUAACGAAACUAAAGAAGUUCAUGUAAGUUGUAUUCACCCGUUUUCCCCAGCUGAAUUUCAAGUGAAGAGAAGCGUUUUGGGAUGAAGUAUUUCUUGUUGAUCUUAUUCUAGACUUACUUGUUUUAUAGCAUGCUUAUGUGCCAUGCAGUGAACCUUUUUAGAUCAAUGGUUUAUACAUUCUAUCAAAUACCUAAAUUGGAGAUACCUUUCAUCAUGAAAUUGGUCUAAAUGAGCACCCAACUUUAGGGCAUCUCCUAUAUUUACAAUUUGAACAAGAUAAAAGAAUUAUUAAUCUUUAUUCACAAUGAGCAUAUGAUAACAAAAACAUUAGCUCAGUUAGCUAUUUUAGGACAUGAAUAACAAACAAUGCAUAUCAUAAUAAAACAUAACAAUGAACAGUUGUUGUAUGUAUGGACAAGUUUUAAGAAAUAUGACUAUAAUCGGACUUGUAUAAUACAUUAUGAACAAUGCAUGGGAAAAUGAUAUAAUUAUAAAACAAUUUUGUACUUGGAAAGACAUGUCAAAAUUUAUGUAGAUAUAUCAGAUUUUCUUAUUAGUGAUUUUUGAUUGUUAGAACUACACCUGUAAUUGGGAUGUAAAUAUUUAAAAUAAGAAUGAUAAUUAACAAAGAUGUGAAAUUUUGAUGCCUGUCGAGAGGCGACCCAGUUCUAUUUUGGUAUCAUUUCAAAGAGAAUUAUAUGCAGAAUAAAACAUGGAAAUAUAAGGGGGAAAAUUAUAUUACAAACAAACUUUUUUGGCCUUGAACAAUUGCUAAAUAUAUUUGAUCACAUCUGAUUUCAGUUGAAAUAAAAGAAGCAAAAAUACAAACUACAAUAUUUUUUUUAAACACUUUGUUCAUUCUUAACAUAUUAAUUUUCAGUAAGCAAUUCCCUUUCAAAUGAAAAAUAAAUUCAUGGGUUCUUGAAAAUUAAACAGGAUCAUUAUAGGAGUUAUCAGAAAACUAGAUCAUUUGUUGGUUUGUGUUUAUUUAAGACCAGUAACUCAAGAUACUAAUCAGUUGCAAAUACACAUACAUGUACUUCUUGUCAUAUUUAGAUUGCUUCAAGUGCUUGUGUUCAUUUAUUAGACUGAGACUUCUGUAUUCAGUAUUGCUUGCAUAUGACAUGAUCAUCAUAUAUGUGUUUUUACAUGAAUGUGCAUUAUUUUGUUUUUGUUAUUUUAAUAAAAUGUGAAAAU